AUGGACCCCUCCCGAAGCCGAAUUAUCUCUGACUAUAACACCUCAGAAAUGGAAAAUUGCUGGUUUGUUUUGCGGCAACAACAUUAUCCCCCGCCCAAAGAUGGUAUGGGACCUAUACGCCUUGGUUCGAUUAUCCCAAGCCUUCGUAAGCUUGAUUCCGUGGUGAAUGAAGAUGGUCCUGAACGAUUUCCCCCAAAUGUCCAUGUUUACACGACUCGAAAAGAUGACUUUCAAUGGAAGAGUGGCAGAGGUCGAGAAUAUAAAGUCGAUAGCGACGUUGGUCUCCCUGUUGGUAUGGUCCCUGGAAUUGCUGUUGGUGGGGCCGCCGGGGCUGCUUUCCAACGGUCGGUUAGCAACUAUGCGGAGUUUGAUUUAGAGGCUCAGAUUAUCCAACCAACAGAGGGUUAUUUGGAGGACAGUGUGGAAGAUGAACAUGUCCAAAGGUAUAUUAAGCGAAAUGCCAGUUUGCUGAAUAGGUGGUCCUUGUUUAUGAUAACUGGGCUCAUGAUUGCCCGAGGAGCCUGCGGAAAAUACGGCAAAACCGAAGAAACCAGUUUCCACGGCGGUCCUACCAUGUGA